AUGGCAGCCUGCGGCACGCUGGCGGAUGCGGCUGCGCUGGGCAUUCGACACAUCGUGGUUACCGCCGCGCUGACGGUGGUUGGCGGCACCCUGCUGCGCUUCCUCGACGGCAAGAUCGCUGGCCAUGCCAGCAGCUACGACGAGGGCGAUGCGCCCAGCGGCGGCAUCUGGGGGCGCGCCGGCCGAGCGCUGCUCAGCAGCCUGCUGCAGCAGUCGCAGCGGCUGCUGCCCUGGUGGGCCGCCGCCUACGGCGCCACAGCCAUGUUUGCGCUGGUGCAAGUCGCAGCCAGCAGGCGCCCCGAGGGCCUGGCGGUGCUGCUGGGCGCCAAGGGCUCCGCCUCGGGCGUCGCCUUCCUGGCACACCUCACCCAGUUCCUGCAAGAUGCGGCGGAGGAGAUUGUGAUCCUGCUGGGCGCCUUCACCCUGCUUGACUUCAAGCGCCGGGCCGUGGCCUUCUGCCAGGCGCUGGUGCAGCGCAACGACCGGUGCGGCACCAUGAGCGACGCCGUGGGGCUGGUGGCAGCCCUGGGCACCAUGGCAAGCGGGCUCAUCUGGGCGGCGGCGGGCAUGGUCACGCUGGCCAAUUAUGGCGUCAACCUCCGCCCCCUCCUCGCAUCGCUGGGCGCCUCGUCGCUCGUCAUCGGCAUUGCCAUGCAAAACCUGCUGCGCAAUGUCGCCGCUGGGGUGACCCUGUACGCGAUGAGGCCGUUCUCCCUGGGGGACAGAAUCAUCCUGCGGCACGUGAGCGGCAUGGUGGUGCUGGAGGGCGUGGUGGCGGCGCUGCACCCCACCAGGACCGUCAUCGUGGGGGAGCCGGAACUGGCCGUGGAUGCAUCGUCGGGCAGCUCAGACAGCGACUCAGGGGAGCACAAGCUGACAUCCUUCAUCAACAACGGCGACAUUGUCGAGUCGAUGAUUGUGACCAACCUCUCACGCAUUCCACCAAUGGUUGCCGCUUCGCUCGCAUGA